UUGUCCCAUCUAUGAACGCUAGAGCAAAUUCCUAAUUCUUUAGCCUAUAAAUUCUACAUUACGAUUAAACCGACAUUUUUUUGACGAAUUUUGAAAUUAGGAAGCAUCAGUACCCACAAAGACCAGAAGAUAACGGCUAAACUUCUUUGAAGUCGUCUGUAAGUUGAGUGUAAUCUCUCUUUUUAGGAUUCAUCUGAAGUAAGCUCGACAAUGGUGAUUUCCAAUCAAGAAAUUCAGCCGGUUACACCAAGUAAUGUAAAUGAUUGUUUCUUGGUUCUUGAACUUUCUGGAGACGACCCUUUAUUUGAUAAGAAGAAAAAAUUACUUGAAGAUAAGGGAUUUGUUCUACAUGACCGUGUAGAAUUCAAUGAAGCUUUGGAACCUGAAAUUGAGGAUGCUAAAUUGGCUAAGUUGCUUCAGAGAGCCCGAAUAUUUCAUCUGAAUGAUGUGGAGCUUUAUUUUGGUCCAAUGAAUAUGGAUCCACCACGUCCAGAAGAGUUCUACAGUCCACGAAAUGAGUUAGAGGCUCUCAAUUUUAUCCUCUCUCGUAUUGAGCAUAACAGUGAGAAAAGUAAAGGGAAUAAUGCUUCUCUUAAAUAUCUACGAGAUGCAAUUAUCAAAAGAGUUUACAAUCUUGGAGAUAUACAUAAAUUAGAAACAAGGCUAGUAGAUGCCACUUGUGUGAAUGAGACGCUUUUUAUGCAGUGGGCUCAAACCUAUGGUGUCAAAUCUAAGCUUCAAAUUGCUUAUUUUGAAGGAACUGGGAGAGGAGCACUGGCAGCGGAAGACCUUGAGGUCGGAGACAUUGCUCUGGAGAUUCCUAUUUCUGUUGUUAUUUCGGAAGAUCUUGUGUAUGAAUCAGACAUGGUUCAUAAAUUGAAAAAUAUAGAAGGCAUUUCAGCAGAAACUAUGCUGUUGUUAUGGAGCAUGAGGGAGAGGCACAACUUCCAAUCAAAAUACAAAGUCUACUUUGAUUCUCUUCCGGAAAAAUUUAACACUGGAUUGAGCUUUAGUCUGGAUGCAAUGAUUACUUUGCAUGAAACCUUGGUCUUUGAAGAAAUUUCCCAAGCUAAGGAGCACUUGCGGUCUACAUAUGAAGAACUUUUUCCUGCACUCUCCAUCAGUUAUCCGGAUAUAUUUUCGCCACAGUACUACUCAUGGGAGCAGUAUCUAUGGGCAUGUGAGCUAUGGUACUCAAAUUCCAUGAAAAUUAUGUUUCCUGAUGGAAAACUGAAAACUUGUUUGAUCCCUGUUGCAGGAUUUCUGAACCAUUCCGUUUGCCCACAUAUUCUAAACUAUGGUAGAGUGGACUCUGCUUCAAAAACACUUAAGUUCCCUCUGUCAAGACCAUGCAAGAGGGGUGAGCAAUGCUAUCUGAGCUAUGGAAAUCUAUCUAACUCUCAUCUGCUCACCUUCUAUGGUUUUUUACCACAAGAAAUGAACCCUUUUGAUAUCAUUCCGCUAGAUAUUGUAGAAGCCCCAGAGUGCUCUUCUAAGGAUGGCUAUCUUGCAUGUGAUACUACCACAUACAUGGUUCGGGGUACUUGGCUUUCAGUCAAUCAUGACAUCUUUUAUUACGGGUUGCCAUCACCAUUGUUGGAUCAUUUAAGGAGAGUUGGAAAUCCAUGUGUGCAGACAAUGACACUGUCAAAAGAAAACUUGGAAAAUGAAAGAAAAAUUAUUGAAGACCUUUUCGCAAUUUUUGAUAGCAUGAUGGAAAAACUUGGUGAUUCGGAGUUAGAAGACAGGAAAAAUAAGAAGUUGGAUGUACAACUUGCGAUAGAGUACAAAGAUCGUCAAAGAAAUGUAGUGUCUUCUUUAUUGACUGCCUGUUAUAAAGGACGAAAGAUGUUGGAAGCGGAACUGGAGAAAUUGGAUGGCUAAGGAUGUUUUGACUUGCUACAGUUCCAUGUUGAUCUCCCUUCUUGCUCCCUUUCUGUUAAUCAUUAGUGUGUUCGUAUGCCUUUUUUUGUUUGAAACUUUUCUAGUAAAUAGGAUAUGCUGUAGUUCUGCAACCAAGCUCAAGAUCAGCCGGUUUAUUGUACAUAAGGCACAAGCGGAAGAUGCACAGGAAACAGCUUGCAAACUUUAAACUAGUGUAGCUAUUCACUUGCUUGAUGAGUUUUGGCUGAGGCUUUCUUUUUUCGACGUUGCGUGCUGAGUUUUGAUCUGGGUUGUGAAAACUUGUGUGAGUUGUAACUUGUAUGAUCUGAUUUUACCUGAAUAUUCAAUGUUUUACAAUGUUUUGUUGUUUGGUUAGCUUUUCUGGAAAUUUUAAUCCA